AUGAACAAGUUAAUUGAAUGUCUCGGAGAAAGUGAUCCUGAAUUUCUAGACACUGCUAUUGAUGAGGAUUUCCAGUUGAAUUUCGAAGUAGAGAAUUGUAUCAUUGAUCUUGAUAUAUUGAAAGAAAGUUUGAGCUUGAAAAGUGUAUCUAAUACCGCAAACGAUUCCCAAGAAACGUCACCAGAAAUAAACAGACUUGUGCAUGUUCAGGAGCAAAUGCAAAGACUAAUGGAGUCACAAAGUGAGCAACAAUGUAAGCUCUUUGCUCACAUAGCUAGAACAGAAAGUACUCAUAAGAGUUCAGUUAAACUUCCCAAAUUAGACUUGAAUGUGUUUUACGGUAACAAAAUACAGUGGUGUGAGUUCUGGGACGCCUUUGAAUGUGCAGUUCAUAGAAACACUAAUUUAUCUGAUAUAGGUAAGUUCACGUACUUGCAAAGCAAGCUUGGAGGUGAGGCCAAACGAUCCAUUGCUGGUUUAACUUUGUCGAACGAGAAUUAUGCUGUAGCCAUAGGGAUCCUCCAUGAUAGAUAUGGGAAAAAGCAGGAGAUUAUAGAGCUUUACUGA